AUGCCAAGCCACAGAACCCCUAUCAACCUUCUUAGAAUAUAUCACUAUUUCUGCAUAUUGUUCAGAUAUGGUCACAUGAUUGACAAUGUCGUGUUAAUUGUCACUGGAACAUUGCAUGAGAGAGAGGUUCAGGAGUUGUUGGUGAAAUGUCACCCCUUGGGAAUGUUUGACAGCAUUGCUACCCUGGCAGUUGCUCAGAAUAUGAGGGAGCUUUACAGACUGGUGCUUGUUGACACACCCCUUGCUCCAUAUUUCUCUGAUAUUGGCACUGAGCUUACACGAGAUGAUCGCAGAAAAUUGUACUCUAAUUUUGGCUUACUUUAUCCCUACGGUCUCGAGGAACUCGCAAUCUCUGAGGAUAUGGAUCAGGUGAGUUGUGGAGGCUAUAAAACCUACAGAAGUAAAAGGGUGCUGUUGUUGUUGGACAAUAUAGGGAGUCUACUUCUUGUUGUUGAUGAUAUAGUGCCAAUUCUGAAAGGCUUUUGA